AAACGUGGCGGCGAUUUAUCAUAUAAGUUAGGUUAUAAUAUCGUAUGCAUCAAAAUCAUACAAUUAUUUAUAAGCUAGUUUUUUAAGGAAAAAACACUUAAAUUUAGUGAAUUUGCAGUGCGAAAUCUUUAAAAAACCACAGACGAACACUUGGCACAAACGAAAGUUACGUGUGAACGUCGUGGCUUUUGUUUAAUUGUUUUGAAGGAAAAGAACUUUGGCAACGUUUAAACCAACCUAAGAUUCAUACAAAACCACAUAAAAACUACCAGCGCAACAGUGUAAAAAUUAAAAAAAAGUGCUCCCCCAAAAAAAAACAAAGGCAACCAACAAGUUAAUUUCUUUUGCACCCCGUGUUAAUAAACAGCGUCAAGAUUACGUCAAUUAUUGAGAACCUACCCGGCGCCAUAGCUCACAACCACAACCAGAACAACAUCAUGGAAGAGGAUGAGAGGGGCAAACUGUUUGUGGGCGGCCUGUCCUGGGAGACGACGCAGGAGAACCUGUCGCGCUACUUCUGCCGCUUCGGGGACAUCAUCGACUGCGUGGUGAUGAAGAACAACGAGAGCGGCAGGUCUCGCGGCUUUGGCUUCGUGACCUUUGCCGAUCCCACCAACGUCAACCACGUGCUGGCGAACGGACCGCACACGCUCGACGGCCGCACCAUCGACCCCAAGCCGUGCAAUCCGCGCACCCUGCAGAAACCGAAGAAGGGCGGCGGCUACAAGGUCUUCCUGGGCGGCCUGCCCUCGAACGUCACCGAGACCGAUCUGCGCACCUUCUUUGGACGCUACGGCAAGGUCACCGAGGUGGUCAUCAUGUACGACCAGGAGAAGAAGAAGUCCCGCGGCUUCGGUUUCCUCUCCUUCGAGGAGGAGUCCUCCGUCGAACACGUGACCAACGAGCGGUACAUCAAUCUGAAUGGCAAGCAGGUCGAGAUCAAGAAGGCCGAGCCUCGUGACGGAUCUGGCGGUCAGAACUCCAACAACAGCACUGUGGGCGGCGCCUAUGGCAAGCUGGGCAACGAGUGCAGCCACUGGGGACCGCACCACGCUCCCAUCAACAUGAUGCAGGGCCAAAAUGGCCAGAUGGGUGGACCACCACUGAAUAUGCCCAUUGGCGCGCCGAACAUGAUGCCUGGCUACCAGGGCUGGGGAACAUCGCCGCAGCAGCAGCAGUACGGCUACGGCAACAGCGGCCCUGGAUCCUACCAAGGCUGGGGAGCUCCACCAGGACCCCAGGGACCGCCACCGCAGUGGUCGAACUACGCUGGACCACAGCAGACGCAGGGCUAUGGCGGCUAUGACAUGUACAACUCGACGUCGACCGGAGCUCCCUCGGGACCAUCGGGCGGCGGCAGCUGGAACUCGUGGAAUAUGCCACCCAACUCUGCUGGACCCACUGGGGCACCAGGAGCCGGAGCCGGCACCGCCACGGACAUGUACUCACGUGCCCAGACCUGGGCGGCGGGCGGUCCCUCGACCACCGGACCCGUUGGCGGCAUGCCUCGGACCGGACCCGGCAACUCGGCCUCCAAGUCCGGCUCUGAGUACGACUACGGCGGCUAUGGCUCGGGCUAUGACUACGACUACAGUAACUACGUGAAGCAGGAGGGCGCCUCCAACUACGGAGCUGGACCGCGGUCAGCGUAUGGCAACGAUAGCUCCACGCAGCCACCCUAUGCAACCUCUCAGGCUGUCUAAGGCGGAGAAUCGAGUGGAGGAGGAGUAGGAGUAGGAGUAGCAGAGCAGAGCAACAUGUCGUCGUCGGCGUCGUCCUCGGCGAAUGAUGAAGAAGACAGAAAAGAUGGUGGUAAUUGUAAGCUAAAGCGUCGUCUGUUCGUUUUUAUUUCAGAUCAGAUCAGUUGUUGAAAUUAAUAUUUAAAACUCUUGUACAACUAUUAUUUAAAGCGAAACAAAUUUAACACGAGAAUACCUAGCGACAAGUCAGAUUCAUAGAUAUACAUGUAUGUUCUAUAGCAGCGAGUAUGUAAUUCAUAGGCGAAACAUCAGCACCCAACACUCACCCAUUCAGACAAGAGAACAUUAUUUCUUUCAUGCGCCUCAUAAACAACACCACACCACACACCACAACAAGCAUUCUCCUGUAUCCCAAACUCACCAACCAAACAGCCAGAAUCAACUAACGAGAACUUCCCAACCAACUAAAACCCGUAGAAACAUAUGAUACAUGGCAUUAACAACAACAAACAAACAAAAUAGAAAUGUGAAGAUUUAAACGUAAUGAUUUACAAGUAUAAAGUUUAGCUAAUUAGACACAAGAAGAUCAAGAAUAGAGUGCGAAAUACCAACAACAAACACAAAGAAAAUAAGAACUUAUAAUUUUAUUUAAAGAGUAAACAAGUAAAGAUCCCCUUAAUUACUAAAAUUAGUAAAUACAAAUUCGAAAUUGUACAUUUUAAAGCAAAAGCACGUCGGUAUCCGAUCUGCUUUCGCCACCACCCGCUUUCUAGAUCGGGCGACAAGGUUUAGUGAGGGUUUGAGAAGGAAACGACUUUGGAUAUAAGUCUUUUCUGAGAACUCUUCGCUUGCCUUAGCCUUUGUGACUCAUUAUUGAAUGGGGCCGCGAAAGUUGGCUUUUGUUUUUAACAUAGUUGUUUCCAGCCAAUGGACGAAUCUAAUCAGCAACUGUUUUAUCGGCUAAUGGGGUCGCUGGAUGCGAGGGUGUGGUGGCGAAAAGGGGCGGCACUGACUUGGGAAAGAUACGUUACAAAAUUAAAAAUUUACCAUUUAAAGUAAACAAAACAAAAACUAGCUAAAAGUUAAACUACAUAUAUAAAGAAACCUAAUUAAUAAGCGUACGUGGUCGUUUACAUCUAAGCGAAAGUUGAACUUGAAACUAGAAUUAUAUAGUGCGUUGGAUUUAUUAUUUAGUUAAAGCGAAGUGAAGAAGCCAAGCAGCAGCAGCAUGAUAUGAUGAUUGAUUAUAAUGGAUAUGGAAACCAACAAAACAAACACACACACACUCUUAACCAAUAUACAUAAAAACUAUAUACAUACAUACUUAUAUACAAUAUAUAAAUAUAUAUAUAACGAGUAUAUAUAGAAGGAAACAAAAAAGGAAAAAAGAGUAAAAAAAGAGCAAAAGGAAACGUAAAUUUAAAGCUACAGUUAAUGAAAGAGUAAAAAGAGUACAGAGUUAAACAAAAAAAGUAAAAGGGAGGCAGGCAGAGAGAAUAGGACAAGUUAAACAAGUUACAAAAUACGAUGCUUAGAGUUGCGUUGCACAUUUUUUUCAAAUUUUCAUCGUUUGCCAAGCAGACAAGAACAACAACAACAACAGCAAGAACCACAGCAGGAACAACACCAACAACCAACGACAACAACCAGCUAAAAGUGUGCACUACAACAACAUCAGUCAGCAAAAAACAACACCAUCAACACGCACACCCACUCACACUUAACCCCAUUUUAAACCAACAACACCAACAACAAGAUCAGAAGCGAGACAGAAAAAAAGAGAGAGAGAGAAGGGUAAAAGGAAAUGAAUGAGGAAAGGAAAAGUAAAAGUAAAAGAAAGGAAAGAAAAAGGAAGAGAAGAACUUUAAUUGAUUAUGAACAUAACAUAUAUAUAUCUUUAAUUACUUAUACAUAUUUACUCUUAACUACUCUGCACGCUCACUUAAACGAGCGUGCACCGUGUGUAAAACAAGAUGAAAGUAAACUAUUUUAAUGAUGAUUAUAUGAUUGCGAUUUUACAAUUUAUUAUUACAAAAACGAAAAGAUG